CUUGGGGAGAGGUUGGUCUCUCCCACAGUCACUUCCUCUGGGUCGCUCAGCCCCUGGUGUGGACGGACAGACGGCAGGCAGUGAGGCUGACAGGCUGUCAUGGCGACCCAGGGGGACCCAGAGGACGAGCAGGUAGUCCCAAGCGAGGAGGAUGAAGCGGACGUGAGGACGGUGCAGGCCCGGUACCUUCGGAGCCCCUCCCCCAGCCAGCACUCGAUGGUCUCCGAGGCAGAGACAGAGAGCAUUUUCAUGGAGCCCAUUCACCUCUCCUCCGCUGUGGCUGCCAAACAGAUCAUCAAUGAAGAAUUCAAGCCUCGGGGGCUGAGAGCAGAGGCGGAGUGCCCGGGCAUGCUGGAGUCUGCGGAGCAGCUGCUGGUGGAGGACCUAUACAACCGCGUCAGGGAGAAGAUGGACGACACCAGCCUGUACAACACCCCCUGCGUCAUGGACCUGCAGCGGGCCCUGCUCCGGGACCGCCAAGAGGCUCCCCGGAAUGAGGUGGACGAGGUCUGGCCCAACGUCUUCAUUGCUGAGAAGAGCGUGGCUGUGAACAAGGGGAGGCUGAAACGCCUGGGAAUUACCCACAUCCUGAACGCCGCGCAUGGCACAGGCGUCUACACUGGCCCCGACUUCUACACCGGCCUGGAGAUCCAAUACCUGGGGGUGGAGGUGGAUGACUUCCCAGAGGUGGACAUCUCCCAGCACUUCCGGAAGGCGGCCGAGUUCCUCGAUGAAGCACUGCUGACCUACAGAGGGAAGGUCCUGGUCAGCAGUGAGAUGGGAAUCAGCCGCUCGGCGGUGCUGGUGGUGGCCUACCUGAUGAUCUUCCACAACAUGGCCAUCCUGGAGGCCCUGCUCACCGUGCGCCGCAAGCGGCCCGUCUGCCCCAACGAGGGCUUCCUGAAGCAGCUGCGCGAGCUCAACGAGAAGCUCAUGGAGGAGCGGGACGAGGACGAGGACGAGGCGGAGGCGGAGGCGGACGCGGACUCGGACGGGGCCGCGGGGAGCACGCUGGGGGCCAGAGUGCGGGCCCUGACCGUGGAGGAGGAUGACGACAUCGCCAGCCUCCUGAGCGGCUCCUCCCUGGGCAAAGCCAGCCGGGCCUCCCAGCCCCCGACGCUCAUCGACGAAGAGGAAGAGGAGAAGCUCUACGCGGCCUGGAAGAGGGGGCAGGGCCUAGGCGCGGGCGGGGACGGCAGGUGCUCCGCCUCGGCCGGCCAGGGCGAGGAUGGGGCUGCGGAGGACGAAGACGUGGAGAGGCUCAUCCAGGAGUGGCAGAGCCGGAAUGAGAGGUACCAAGCCCAGGGGCACCGGCGGUGGGGGAGGGAGGAGGAGGAGGAGGAAGAGGAGAGCGAGGCCGGCUCCUCGGUGGGCAGAAGGCGGAGGCACACGCUGAGCGAGAGCAGCGCUUUCGAGAGCCUGAGCAGCCGUGACGUGCGCAUCUUGAAGCAGCAGCUGCAGAGGGGCCGCCGGAGCCCAGGCCCCCGACGCCGCUCGGACUCGGUGUCCACCGACAGCACCUGGGACGUGUGGAACGAGCGACUGCAGGAGAUCGAGCGGGAAGCUUCGCGCAGCUACCACUGUCGGAGCAAGAGGGAGCAGAUGGAGGCAGGCAGCAGGGCGCGAGAGGACGACGAGGAGAGUGUGGCCUCGGAGGCCAGCUCCUUCUACAACUUCUGCAGCAGGAACAAGGACAAGCUCACCGCCCUGGAAAGGUGGAAGAUCAAGAGAAUCCAGUUUGGAUUUCACAAGAAAGACUCAGAGGCAGGAGACAGCAGCAGCGAGCAGGGAGCCCUGGAUGCCGAGGGCGCCAGGAAGCCUUCGGAUGUGAGCCUGUCGGCCUACCAGGCCUGGAAGCUGAAACAUCAGAAGCAGGUGGGCAGCGAGAACAAGGAGGAGGUGCUGGAACUCAGCAAGGGUGAGGACGCGGUGCUGGCCAAGAAGAGACAAAGGAGGCUGGAGCUGCUGGAGAGAAGCAGGCAGACGCUGGAGGAGAGCCAGUCCCUGGGAGGCUGGGAGGCAGAGAGCUCAGCUGCUAGUGGGAGCAUCCCCCUGUCUGCCUUCUGGUCGGCAGCCCCCUCUGUCAGUGCUGAUGGGGACACAGCGUCAGUCCUCAGCUCCCAGAGCCUCCGCUCCCACCUGUCUCAGGCCUCCAACCCCACCACACCCCUGCCUACCCUGCCCGUGGGGCCUGGAGACACCAUUUCCAUUGCUAGCAUCCAGAACUGGAUCGCCAACGUGGUCAGCGAGACCCUCGCCCAGAAGCAAAAUGAGAUGUUGCUCUUGUCCCGCCCACCAUCCGUGGCGAGCUUGAAGGCGGCAGCGCCAGCGGCCAGCUGCCUGGGGGAUGACCAAGUGUCCAUGCUCAGCGGCCAGAGCAGCUUCUCCCUGGGCGCCUGUCUGCCGCCCCAGAGCCAGGCCAGACCCAGCUCCGACACACAGUCGGUGCUGUCUUCCAGCACCGCGCUGGGCUCCAGGGCUGAAGGCACUGGGGGCAGAGUGAGGGGGACCAGUAAGCCCAUCUACAGCCUCUUCGCCGACAAUGUGGACCUGAAGGAGCUCAGCCGGAAGGAGAGGGAGAUGCAGGCGCAGCUCAGUGAGAAGAUGUCCGAGUACAAAGUGGAGAAGCUGGCCUCAGACAACAAGCGCAGCUCCCUUUUCAAGAAGAAGAAGGUCAAGGCCGAGGAGGACGACAGCCUGGGGGACAGGGAUGAGGACACUGACAGUGCCAUCGGGAGCUUUCGAUACUCUUCCCGCAGCAACUCCCAAAAACCCGAGACAGACGCCUCCUCCUCGCUGGCUGUCUCUAACCACUGUGAAAAUGGCGGCAGAGCUGGCAGAGAGAUGGACGGCAGCAUCAGCAGGUGGCUCAGUGGCCUCGGGACAGAGGAGAAGUCCCCUCCCCAGAGCGACUGGUCUGGGAGCUCCCGGGGGAAGUACACCAGGUCGACCCUGUUCCGGAAGACGGAGUCCAAAUCGUCCAGUUACAAGUUCUCCAAGUCCCAGUCCCAGGAGCAGGACACCGCCUCCUACCACGAGGCGAACGGCAGCUCUGUGAGAAGCUCCUCGCGCUUCUCUGCCUCCUCCACCAAGGAGGGCAGAGAGACACACAAGUUCUCCAGAUCCACCUUCAGCGAGACCUCAAGCUCCCGAGAGGCGAGCCCAGAGCCCUACUUCUUCCGCAGAACCCCCGAGCCCCCUGAAGGGGCCGAGUCCCCGGAGCUGCCGCACCCCAGCUGGGCCAGGCCCAGGGACUGGGAAGACGUGGAAGAGUCCUCCAAAUCGGAUUUCUCCGAAUUUGGGGCCAAGAGGAAAUUCACCCAGAGCUUCAUGAGGUCUGACGAGGAGGGAGAGAAGGAGAGGACAGAAAACAGAGAAGAAGGGCGGUUUGCCUCCGGGCGGCGGUCCCAGUAUCGGAGAAGCACGGACAGGGAGGAAGAGGAGGAAAUGGAUGAUGAGGCCAUCAUUGCUGCCUGGAGGCGGCGGCAGGAAGAAACCAGGACGAAGCUGCAGAGGAGGAGAGAGGACUGAGCUGGGCCCCGUGGACCGACCUGGGAGGGGCAGAGAACCCAGGGAGAAGCCAUUCUGCUCACACAACGCUCAGUCCCCCUGCUGUCCCCAGCCAUCAAGGGGUGAAGACAUGGCAGAAUCUUCCAGAAGGAAAGAGCCGAAACGAGAGGCACGGAGCAGAAAUCCCUGGAGGCAGAAUAGGGGGGAGGAGGUGAGGGCAGGAGGAGA